AUGUCGAAAUCAGCAAAAUCAAAAAACCCAGCGGCGAAAGAUAAAACCACUUCAAAAGUCGGUCAAGAAUUGGCAAGGGAUAAAGAACGUAAGAGAGCAAUUGAAUUUACAUGUGAUAGUCGUUCAGUUUCAGACGGUCGAGGACAGCUUGGACGAGAGGGCGUGGUGGGAUAUAUUCAGAGCGUAUCCCCACCAAAACAGAGUCGAAAGAAUACGGAGUACAGUAAUUUCAAGCUGCAGGCUAAAAGUGGUCUUGUACCGGGGGUAUGUUUCUCGUCGACAAAACGCAGCAUCUUGGCGGAGCGCGAAGCCACGAAAACAGCGGUAAAGUUGGAUCGUUUCACCUACGCGUCGGACGGGAAAACAAUCUUUGUCAACGAUAUGACAAAGAUAUCCGUGCCAAAUUCAUCCGACUACGACUUUCAGUUCGUCGACAGCGGUAUCCACCAAAAAGAUCUACAAUCUAUCAUCAAAAAUUCGAUGGACAUGGAUUUGGUAGACUUCGUCGCAAAAGUGAUUGCAAAAGACGCAGUCGUACAAGUAGUUGGUUCGUCUCAGCUACGAAAAGUGGAGUGUUUUGUGGCGGACAAAUCUUGCAAACAGGCAAAACUCAUUCUUUGGGAAAAUGAUAUCGAGAAGGUCCUGGUUGGCAACGUGUACGCAUUCAGCAAUGUCCGCGUGCGAAGCGACGCAGUUGAUGUCCUUGGAGGCGAAGUGACCCUCAACACGACUAAAGAUACAACCGUUGUUAAGCAAGAUGGCCAUGCCCUGACAAACCUCGUAGAAACUUUAAAAGAAAACGAUCUUUUUAAUACCAGCACUUCGUUAAAAGUUCCUUUAAUCCACGCCAUCGAGGAAUUAAACCGCUUCAAACAAUGCUGCGACUGUAAAAAAAAGAUAAAGCAAGACAGCGCGAAGGUAGCCAUCAAGUGCGACUCGUGUGGUCACGUUGUGAGGAGUUCCAUGUGCCAGCUCAAUCUGUGUUGUAAAUUUAGUUGCCAGCAGAAUAAUUCGCCUGAUGAUAAGAAGCUUGUUCGCUACAUCAUGUUCAAGGAUUCCAUUGAAACGUUGGUUGGCGACAUUACUAACCUCGAUGACGACAAACUUUGCGAGAAAUUGUUGUUAUUAGAAAAUUUCGAAAUCACAUUUAACCGAGACAACGUUGUGAGCAAAUGUUCUCUUUUAUGA